AGACAAACAGGUUGUUUUUGUUAAUUAAGUAUUUAGGUACUUUUUAUAAUGGAUAAAAUAUUUGUUACUGCGUGUGUUUUAAGUGUUUUUUGGUUUAAUACAAGUGGGAGUCUAGUCAUAAAACGGUCGGCGUGCAAAGAAGACGAGACGUUCGUGGAAUGUGCGCAUUGCGGCCCCGGGAGCUGCGAGGAGCUCGGCCGGCCCAAACCGUGCACGGGCAGUACCGGUUUAUGCAGGCCGGAAUGCGUGUGCAUGGAUGGCCACGUGAGAGACGCGAACGGCGACUGCAUAUUGAAGAGCCAGUGUCCUGAUUGCGGAGGGGACAGAAACGCGACAUCUGGUUGUGGCGACCACUGCGGCAGAUCCUGUUCGGACUACACCGACACCAACAAAACUUGCUUCAGCAGCUGCCAGUACAACCGGUGUGACUGCAAAGAAGGCUUCGUGUUCCAUGACUCUUUGGGCGUAUGCGUGUUGCCUGAAGAUUGUUAGAUAUUUGCAA